AUGAUGUUAAAAACUGCUGAACUGUAUGAUCCAGCAACGGAAUUAUGGACAACGACUGGUAAUAUGAAUGGUGUGCGAUAUCUACACACGGCAUGUUUAUUAACAAAUAGAAAAGUGUUAGUUAUUGGUGGAUAUAUUGGUAGUUCUGAGCUAAAUAGUGCUGAGUUGUAUGAUCCAUUAACAGGAACCUGGACACUAGUAGCUUCUAUGAGUAAAGCACGACAGUUUCACACAGCAACAGUAUUAACAAAUGGAAAUGUCUUAGUUACUGGUGGAUUGGGUCAAGGUAGUAUCACAAAUAGUGGUGAGUUAUAUAAUCCAUCAACAGACAGUUGGUCAAUGAGUAAAAGUAUGAAUGAUGCACGAGAGUGGCAUACAGCAACAUUAUUAGCAAAUGGAAAUGUAUUAGUUACUGGUGGAGCAUUUCAUGGUGAUCCUUUCAAUAGUUCAGAUUUAUAUUAUUCAGAUGAGACUAAUUAUUAA